AUGUCCAGAAGCGCGGUAAUUCCUACAGCCACUCGGCCAUCUCCGUGUCACUAUCUACGAUUAUCGGGUGUGCGCGCCUUGUCGACGAGCUCUAUACUCCACGGACCGAACGAUAAUGGCAAGCCGGGAGGCUUCCCAGGUGGUGGUUUUCCUGGAGGGUUUGGAGCUGGAUUGGGGUCUUUCGGGGCAUUUGCGAACAAACCGUCACCAGAUGCUUCGAAGCAAAGCGUUGACUUGCUUCCUCAUGAGCUAGAAGCUCGCAAAAAGAUGGGAUUGCCUUUGAAGAAACCUCCUCCCAAGGUCGAGACUGCCCCCACCCCGCCACCUGUACAAACCAACGUCAAGAAGCCAUCAGGCCCCAAGAACGCAAAUCCAAACCAAAGCCAGACGAAGAAUACACCUCAAGCGAGAGACAAACAGCAACCAAACCGAUCGAACAACGGCAACAGCCAUUCCAGACAACAGCAACAGCAACAGCAACAGCAACAGCGGGACGCAAAGCCAACAAUGCCCCCAUCAAACCUGUUGUCAAGCUCAAUUCUUGCUGAAGCUUUCAGGACAGAUCGCAUACCGGCUCCAGUGGCAACGCCCAAGUCAUGGUCUGCUAAUGAGCAUCCCAAGCCGGCUGCACCCGCUUGGGGAGCCUUCAGCGCUCGAAAGGUUGAUACUCAAAUACCCCUCACCAGCAGAAAAACGGAGGCGAAACCUGCGGAGAGCCAAAACAAGAAAAAAUCGCAAAACGUCGCACCAGCGACAGGCCAGGAAGAUGGUGAGAGCGUAUGGGGCCAGCUGAAGCGCUCCCGCAGGCUGGAAGAAAAGCCAGGCCGCGGGGAGGCCGGUUUCUGGGACGCACUUGAAAGUCGGGUCACAAAUAUUCGUAGCAGGCCUGGCCCCAGCGGCCAGUACUUGGAUGCGCUUCAGGGGGCAGAUGGUACGUUACGAGGUGCUCAACAGUCGCAGGAAGAUCAAAUAAGGCGCAGGUCACGUUUCGAGAUGGAGGAAGACGAUGUGUCUGAUAAGCGGAGAGACAAGAAGGACAAGCGCCCCAAGAAUGUUCGUCGGAACGAGGCUGAAGACGAUGACUUUGACGAAGAUUCAAUUCGACGCUGGGAAGCUAGACAACGUAAGAAGGCUGAGAAAGAAGCGAGAAAACGCCUCGAGGAAGCUGCAGAAGCUGCUCCCGUACCCAUCUUUCUCCCCGAGUACAUUAGCAUCUCCAACUUGGCCGGUGCUCUCCAGAUCCGUAUAGCCGACUUUUUACGUGAUCUGGAGUCCAUGGGAUUCGAGGACCUUACAGAGGAAACCAUCAUGACUGGUGAUACGGCAGCCCUUGUCGCUCAGGAGUACGGCUAUGAUCCCACAGUGGACACUGGCUCUCAGCGCGACCUACAACCUCGGCCGGCGCCCGAAGAUCCGUCAGUAUUGCCAAGCAGGCCUCCUGUUGUCACCAUUAUGGGCCAUGUUGAUCACGGAAAGACUACUCUUUUGGAUUGGCUACGCAAGUCUUCGAUUGCUGCUCAGGAGCACGGUGGCAUCACACAACACAUCGGUGCCUUUGUCGUACAAAUGUCAUCGGGCAAGCAGAUUACCUUCCUUGAUACACCAGGUCACGCUGCGUUCUUGUCUAUGCGUCAGCGAGGCGCCAAUGUCACGGAUAUUGUGGUGCUGGUCGUGGCUGCUGACGACAGUGUUAUGCCACAGACUUUAGAGGCACUGAAGCACGCUACGGCUGCCAAGGUUCCUAUCAUCGUGGCAAUAAACAAGAUUGAUAAGGAAGACGCUCGAGUGGACCAAGUCAAAGCUGAUCUUGCGCGCCAUGGCGUUGAAAUUGAAGACUAUGGCGGUGAUGUCCAGGUGGUACCUGUAAGCGGCAAGACGGGUAAGGGCAUGCAAGACCUCGAAGAGAACAUCGUCACCUUGUCUGAAAUCCUCGAUGUCCGCGCUGAAGCAGAUGGCAUGGCUGAGGGUUGGGUUCUAGAAUCUAGCAUCAAGCAGACUGGCAAGACCGCCACGGUGCUUGUCAAACGAGGAACUCUACGUCUCGGUGAUAUUAUCGUGGCCGGCAAAUCAUGGGCCAAGAUUCGUGGUCUUCGAAACGAAGCCGGUGUCGAGAUCCCUGAGGCACCCCCUGGAACUCCUGUCCAGAUCCUUGGCUGGCGCGAGCUGCCUGAUGCUGGAGAACAAGUUCUCCAGGCGCCUGAUGAGGGCAAAGCUAGGACAGCUAUCGAGUACCGUGAGGAAAUGGCUGAGAGACUGGAGAGCUCCAAGCAACUAGCCGAACAAGAGCAGCGUCAGCGUGAGAAGGAGGCCGCUGAGGAGGCCGCCGCUGCUGCAGAAGCUGAGGGCACUGAAGCAGAGCCUGCGAAGACCGAGCCCGGUAUCAUCUACCAGAACUUCAUUGUCAAAGCUGAUGUCGCUGGGUCCGUGGAGGCUGUCUGUGGCACUGUCCAGGAACUCGGAAACAACGAAGUCCAAUCCAAGCUCUUACGAUCUGGUGUCGGCGCAAUUUCCGAAUAUGACGUUGAUCACGCCGCUGCAUCCAAGAGUAUUAUCGUCAACUUCAACAUGCCUAUCCUUCCUCAUAUUCGCCAGCGUGCCGAAGAGGCAGGUGUGGGCAUCAUCGACCACAGCGUUAUUUAUCACGUUGUCGAUGAUGUCAAGAGUGCACUGUCGGACCUACUACCACAUACUAUUACACACAAGGUCCUUGGCGAGGCAGACGUGUUGCAAGUCUUUGGCAUCAACGUUAGAAAGAGGGUGCAGAAGAACAUCGCCGGUUGCAAGAUCCGCAACGGCACUAUCAAGCGGACGUCUAUGGUUAGGGUUAUCCGUGGUGGAGAAGUCGUCUAUGAUGGUAAAAUCGACACACUCAAGCACGUCAAAAAGGAUGUCAUGGAGAUGGGUAAGGGUACCGAGUGUGGUAUCGGUCUCGAAGACUUCCAGGAGCUACAAAUCGACGAUCAGAUCCAGACUUACGAGGUAAUCAAGGAAAGGCGAACACUGUAA